CUCUGCGCCGGCUCCUCCUCCUCCUCCUCUCCGCGCUUCCAGCAAGAUGACAGCCGGGCGGCAGCAGCGGCGGUGGCGCGGAGAUUCCUCGCACAGGCUGGUGGCUAACCUGCCUCCUUCGUUUUUAGUGCUGAAGCCAGAUUGCUUUAACUAAAGAUGGAAACACUGGAGUCGGAACUGACUUGCCCAAUUUGUUUGGAAUUGUUUGAAGACCCCCUCCUUCUGCCGUGUGCUCAUAGCCUCUGUUCCAGCUGUGCCCACCGCAUCCUGGUCUCCAACUGCUCCGCCGGAGAGCCUCUUGAGCCCAUCACCGCCUUCCAGUGCCCCACCUGCCGCUAUGUCAUCUCCCUCAACCAUCGGGGCCUGGAGGGCCUCAAGCGCAAUGUGACCUUGCAGAACAUCAUCGACCGCUUCCAGAAGGCCUCCCUGAGCGGGCCAAAUUCCCCCAGCGAGAACUGUCGCGAGCGGCCAUACCGCCACAGCCCAACCAUGUCGGCGGGCGACAGGAUAGCCUGCCAGUUCUGUGAGCAGGACCCUCCGCGCGACGCUGUCAAGACCUGCAUCACCUGCGAGGUGUCCUACUGCGACCGCUGCCUGCGGGCCACGCACCCCAACAAGAAGCCGUUCACCAGCCACCGCUUGGUGGAGCCUGUGCCGGACGCCCACUUCCGUGGGCUGACUUGCCUUGAGCAUGAGAACGAGAAGGUGAACAUGUACUGUGUGGCUGAUGACCAGCUCAUCUGUGCCUUAUGCAAACUGGUGGGGCGGCACCGGGAUCACCAGGUGGCAUCCCUGAGUGACCGGUUUGAGAAGCUCAAGCAAACACUGGAGAUGAACCUCACCAACCUCGUUAAACGCAAUAGCGAACUAGAAAAUCAGAUGGCCAAACUGAUACAGAUCUGCCAGCAGGUGGAGGUGAACACAGCCAUGCAUGAGGCCAAACUGAUGGAGGAGUGCGACGAGCUAAUGGAGAUCAUCCGUCAGCGCAAGCAAGUGAUUGCCGUCAAGAUCAAAGAGACAAAGGUGAUGAAGCUGAGGAAGCUGGCCCAGCAGGUAGCCAAUUGCCGGCAGUGCCUGGAGCGGUCGACUGUCCUCAUCAACCAGGCUGACCACAUCCUGAAGGAGAAUGACCACGCACGGUUCCUGCAGACAGCAAAGAACGUGGCAGAGAGGGUCGCCAUGGCAACAGCAUCCUCUCAAGUUUUGAUACCCGAUAUCAAUUUAAAUGAUGCCUUUGAAAACUUUGCUUUAGAUUUUUCCAGAGAGAAGAAACUGCUGGAGGGGCUGGAUUAUCUAACAGCGCCCAACCCACCAUCGGUUCGUGAAGAGCUUUGCACUGCCUCUCAUGACACCAUCACUGUCCACUGGAUCUCAGAUGAUGAGUUCAGCGUCAGCUCAUAUGAGCUCCAGUACACCAUCUUCACUGGCCAGGCAAACUUCAUCAGCCUCUACAAUUCUAUGGACAGCUGGAUGAUCGUCCCCAACAUCAAGCAGAAUCACUACACAGUGCAUGGGCUGCAGAGUGGCACGAGAUAUAUCUUCCUCGUCAAGGCGAUAAACCAGGCUGGCAGCCGGAACAGCGAACCCGCCAGGCUCAAGACAAACAGCCAGCCCUUCAAACUGGACCCCAAAAUGGCACACAAGAAGCUGAAGAUCUCCAAUGACGGGCUCCAAAUGGAGAAGGACGAGAGCUCCCUGAAAAAAAGCCACACUCCCGAGAGGUUCAGCGGGACAGGAUGCUAUGGUGCCACAGGCAACAUUUUCAUUGACAGCGGCUGCCAUUACUGGGAGGUGACAGUCGGCUCCUCCACAUGGUAUGCAAUUGGCAUCGCCUACAAAUCAGCCCCCAAGAAUGAGUGGAUUGGCAAGAACUCCUCCUCCUGGGUCUUCUCCCGCUGCAACAACAACUUUGUGGUGCGGCACAACAACAAGGAGAUGCUGGUGGACGUUCACCCGCAGAUGAAGCGCCUGGGCAUCCUCCUGGACUAUGACAACAAUGUGCUGUCCUUCUACGACCCGGCCAACUCUCUCCACCUGCACACCUUCGAGAUAUCUUUCAUCCUGCCGGUCUGCCCCACCUUCACGAUUUGGAACAAAUCUUUAAUGGUCAUAUCAGGUCUGCCCGCCCCAGACUUCAUAGACUACCCCGGGCAGCAAGAAUGCAACUGCCGCCCGCAAGAGUCCCCAUACGUAUCAGGGAUGAAAACCUGCCAUUGAGUCAGAAAGGGCCUUCCCUUCCAGCCCAAGCCUCAGGAACUUCUGUGCAACUAGGCUGGGAGGUGGGCUUCUGCUUCCUUUCGUGGUGAGCAGCAUCUUGCCACACUGGGCUAGCUUAUAUCCUAAGGAAAACCCACCUCUUUGGCACACCCUCUUGGAGGAGUGUGGGUGGUGUUUCGUGAACUGGAUUUUGUUUUUGUUUGGUAGCACUACUGAAUUUUCUCCGAUGGGAGUUGGCAUGCCUUGUUCAUUUCUGGUGGGGAAAAGGGUGUCAUGGCAGGGCUUUGGGUGGGUCGGUCCCUUCUUGGUUGCCAGGAAGUUGCAAAGCAAGACCCUUUUUUCUUUUUCUUUCUUUUUCUUUUGUGUGGAAAGAGUGUUCUUGGAACACCUAGUAGUUCCCAGCCCGCCAUUUUGAGAGGGUGCCAAACAGAAUUGGAACCCAAGCUGUUACCUAGAAAAGACAAGAUUGUCACACAUAUUUAGCGUCACAGGUAUCAAUCUUAGAGAUGGGUCGUCUUGCCCACCUGCAGGUGUUGCCUCCAUGCGUUUGGACUGUGUGUGGAGGAGGAAAUGGGACCACAGCUGAUAUACCCACUCACAAUACUAUAUACCUGGGUCUGGGAACUCAGCACAUGGUCUGCAAAGGGCCAUAGGCCUUCUGUGCCAUUGGAGCUCUGAUCACAUGAGGACCUACACAAGUACUGCUGUGUUGGCUCCUCAGGCAUUGCACUGAGCAUGCAUAUGGCAAGCAGCUCCCUGGGGUACCCGUUUCAGGGACGGAACCAACAAGCAAAGUCCUACAUACAAUCCUCCACACAUCACCUCCAGCCACCUCUGCGAGGUCACAGUUUCCUUCAUCACUGUGAUAAAAGACAUGGAGGCAACAUCUGCAGAGGAUUAUUGUAUAAAUGGACUGUGUACAUGCUGGAAAGCCUUGGCGAGUCGCAGCAAGUCCAUGCAUGUUCACCCCGAGUAGGAUCUGGUGAUCCCAUGUGGCAUUUUACUGGCAGAUUUAUUUUGUUCCCUGAGCAGAAGUGCCUUUCAUGUAAGGGUUUUGUGAACGUAUGAAACAGUCCAUAGUAUCACAAGGAACAUGCUAUGUUCAGAAAAGGGGUGGCGCAGUCCACGAAGCCUGAAAGACCAUGACUACUGUGCCAUAUCUGGCUUCUGAGAUGCAGUUGUGUCUCCCUUUGCUCCCUGGACAACAGGGACUAUUUCAAGCAUCUGUCUGAGUUUGGCAGGAGCUUCACCACAGGGAAAGGGGGUGGUUGUUUUAAAAAACCCGCGCACAUUUAAAACAUAAGAAGGAAAGUUUAGCGCACACUCUAGUCCAGUGGUUUACUUGUUAACAUGGGAUCCCAACUGGUAGAGGCUACUUCUUUGUCCAGUGGCUCCUGCUUCUUUCAAGACCAUAUCCUGUGUGUAGCAAAUGUCGUCACUGGCUUUCAGUCUGCAAAGAGUAUCCUAGAACCUUUAAAGCACAGCCAGGACCUCCUUGUUGUUUCCAGAGACGUUGUGCCAGAUGACACAGCGACCCAAAGAAGGGGCUUUGGGUGGGAAUUCUAGGCAAAAGCACUGGAUGGAGCAGAGUGAAAGGUAUUCCCCCUUUGCCCAGCAUAAGCGGAGGGAAGAUGGCACUGUUUAUGCUUUCUUUUCGGGAGUGGCUGGUGUUAGUUCUGUGGCCUGUAGCAGUAGAAGAAAGCAAACAAAUCCUAGGAGUGGAAUGUACAGGCUCAACUCCUGUCAGUUUCAGACCCUGUGCCCAGCAAGUGGGUGGCAUUCCUCUCUGCGAAAUCGGUAACUGUAAGAUGGUAGCAACGGUGCUUAGAUGGCCUUAAAGUGGGCUUAGUUAAAUUUAGUUUUUGUUGCCUCAAGGCUACUGGCAGGAUCCUGAGGCACGCUCUUGUGUUUGCUGCUGAAUUUAUCUGCCAGAUUCACAAGGCAUGACUGCCUUUCAAGUUUUUCUUUCAAUUGUAUUAUUGAUAUGGAGCUCAGCUUUAAAAACAGAGGUUUUUUUUUGUUUUGUUUUGUUUUGUUGUUUUGUUUUGUUUUGUUUUGUUUUGUUUUGUUUUGUUUUGUUUUGCUUACUCCAGAAAGGAGAUCUAGAGCAUUGGUUUUCAGCUGGUGGGUUGAGAUUCCCUUUUGGAUCUGAUCUAAGAUGGGUCACAACAGCAGCACCAGUACCAUGCAAAUAAAUGACAGUGUAUAUAGAUAUAUAUAGAUUAUUAUUUUUUAAAUCCCCAAAUGCAUGUUUGGGUUAAGAUGGGUCCUGGGUCUGGAAAAGUUGAAGACUACUUACCUAGGGAAUAAGUGAACCUAGAAAACACACACACACACACACACACACACACACACGACCGCCAAAAGAAGAAGAAAAGAAUCCACAUCCCCAUAAUGAUUUUGCAUUUGGAAAUCCAGGAUCACUUUCCUUAAUGCUAAUAUACAGUUAUUCUUUUAUCACUUUCAAUUCCAUGGUGCAUGGUUUUGCACAGAAUCCAAUAAUCUGGCUUGAAUUUCUGAGUAUCUCAGCUUUCUUUGAGAAAGGGGGAUAAAAGGGUAACUAGCCACCAAAUAGUAGUCACAGAAACAUUUGAAAGCAUGGGAACGAAAAAAAUCUACAGAGAUUGCCACAAUUUGAGAGGUAGAAUACUCAUUAUUGGCUUUUCUUUCUCUGCCAUGUGUCCUCCAAUUGUGCUUCUGGACCACAACAGAUCCUCAUGUCUCCUUGCAUUACCCACUUUCUGGGAACAUUCCCCUCCCCUGCCACACACACACACACACACACACAC